AUGGAAAUGAGGAAUGGAAUGGAAGGCUAUCACAGUGGGGCAGCUGAUGAGCCACCGUACCUGACUGUUGGGACAGAUGUCAGUGCAAAAUAUAAAGGUGCAUUUUGUGAAGCCAAAAUAAAAAAGGUUAAUAGAAUGGUUAAAUGUAAAGUAAGUAGCUUUAAUUUGAAAUUUUACCCUUACACUAACAACAGGUACAUUGAAACUUCUGCUAGUUGUGCCAUUACUAUAUUUACUGAUGGAUCUAAGUACGAAAAUAAUGUUGGCGCCAGUUUUGUUGUUUACCGCAAUGAAAUAGAAAUUUACUGUGAAUCAUUCCGACUUGGCCCUCUUUGUAGUAUAUUCCAGGCUGAACUUUAUGCUAUUUUGCAGGCGGUUGUUUGGUGUGAACGGGUUAUUAACAAUACUCAAAUCAUGAUAAUAACUGACUCUCUUUCCUCACUUAACGCAAUUAAAAAAUUAUCUGAUCAUCCACUGGCCUUUUAUAUUCAACGUAUAUUAGUUGAUUCUGAUAACGAUUAUUACUUUAAAUGGAUACGCUCACAUAGUGAAGUUCGGGGUAACGAUCGAGCAGAUCAUCUAGCCAAGACAGCUGCUGUUGACCAGAAUAUUGUCGUCAGUUACAACAAGAUCUCUACAAAGGUACUGAAAGAGAUACUUUGUCAAGAUAUGCUUAUGGACUGGCAACGUGAUUGGGAUGAUAACAUAUCUAUUACUAAGCAAUUUUUCCCCAAUAUUUUAAAAUUUUUGCAUAAUACUUGGAUCUUAGUUACUCAUCAUACUGUACAAUUCUACACUGGCCAUGGCCGUUUCAAUUCUUAUCUCAGUCGCUUUACGUCACAUAAUAGCAAACUUUGUCCUGUAUGUGGAAUUAAUGAUAGCAGCUAUCACUAUAUUUUUGAAUGCCCCAUGACUGAAAUUGAAAGGCAUCACUUGCGCACUUUCCUGAAUAGUAAUAAUCGUCCUUGGCCUUGUGAAAUUCAUGACCUCACUUCUGACAAGGAAACUCAUGACCUACUUUUUCAAUUAAUUGAAAAAUAUUUUCAGACUUUAGAUCAACUUCCUCUUACAAAUCCAGAACAUUUUGGUACACCAGNAGAUUUAGAUGAUGACAGUAGUGAUGAUGAAUCUGCUCGACGACAGCAAAAAGUUGUUAGAAGAAAAGAUCGUGAGUCCGAUAUUGGUAAAGUUAUAAUUUAUGAAGUUGGAGAUAAACGUAAAAAAGAUAGUUGGCUUCCUUGUCUUGUUGUUUCACCUUCUUCACAAGAAAAUAUGAAAAUUAGUCAGAAAGAAGAUUAUCUUAUUCGUUCUUUUAAAGAUGGAAAGUUUUAUCAGGUGCCAAAAAAGGAUGUCAAAGAAUUUACUAAAGAUACAGGUUCAAAAACAGAAAGCUCAAACUUAAAAACAGCUAUUGAAAAAGCAGUAUUGUAUCUAGAAAAAGGGGAAUUGCCUUCUAGUUGGGAUAAAGCUCUUCUUAUGGGAUUAAAUGUUCCUUCUGGUGAUGAUGAUAGCCAAGAUUCUGAUUCUGAUACUUCUGAUGAUGAACCUAGUGAAGAAAAGGAUCGAUUUGUAGCUCAGUUGUAUAAAUUUAUGGAUGAAAGAGGUAAUUUAUUAUAUAUCCCAUACUUAGUUGUUCGUACAGAGAGCAAAUCACUGACAGAAAAUGGAGUGAAUAAUGUAACAAAUCAAAAUGCAUGGAAGUCUGUUCAUGUUAAAAUGGGAUUACCACUUGUAAAUUCUUCGAGUAGCAAUCAAAUUAAAUCUGCCUAUAAAAGGUAUUUACAUAGUUUUGAAGACUUUUAUAGAAAAUUAGGUUGUACAAUGGCAAUGACAAUACGUUCAAGUCGUACAAGACAGAGAUCUGAUCGUAAUUUUAUCAUGACAAGAAACAGAAAACAAGACAAUAAAGAAAAGAAUACAGAAGAUAAAUAUAAACUAGAAGAAGAUAAUAACAAAGAUAAAGUAGCUAAAUCAAAUAAUACUAAAGAAGUGGACAGUGAACAGUGCAAAGUUGAUGAUAAAAACAAAUCAAAAGAUGAAAGUAACAGGGUUCGCACAAGAGAAGACAAAAGGAGAGAAAAAGCUGAAAGUCCAGAUAAGAAAGAUGGCAAACAAACUGCUAAAAAUGAAGUCAAAGAUGAUGAUAAAAAUAAGAAGGAAUCAACAAAAGAUAAAAAAGAGAAAAAUGCAAAGGAGAAAAAGGAAGAUAAAACGUGUAAAGAUAAAAAGGAUGAUAAAAUAACAAAUGAACAUGAUAGUAAAGGUGAAGAAGACAAUAAAGGAAAAAAUGAUAAUAAUUCUACUCAAAAGAAACAGUAUAAGAAGAAAAAUCAGCAGCCAAGUGAAAAAUCUCUUUUGGAUAACAAGAAAGACAACUCCGAUGAAGAGAAUGAUGGGAAUGGAGAUGAAGAUGUAGAAAUAGGUGAUCGUGUUAAAGUGAAGUACGGACGUGGCAGAGUUCAUAAAAUAUAUGAGGCUAAAGUUUUAAAGGUAGAUAGAGAGAAUGGCGACAGAAAAUUUUAUGUUCAUUAUACAGGAUGGAAUACUAGGAAAAGGUAUUUACAUAGUUUUGAAGACUUUUAUAGAAAAUUAGGUUGUACAAUGGCAAUGACAAUACGUUCAAGUCGUACAAGACAGAGAUCUGAUCGUAAUUUUAUCAUGACAAGAAACAGAAAACAAGACAAUAAAGAAAAGAAUACAGAAGAUAAAUAUAAACUAGAAGAAGAUAAUAACAAAGAUAAAGUAGCUAAAUCAAAUAAUACUAAAGAAGUGGACAGUGAACAGUGCAAAGUUGAUGAUAAAAACAAAUCAAAAGAUGAAAGUAACAGGGUUCGCACAAGAGAAGACAAAAGGAGAGAAAAAGCUGAAAGUCCAGAUAAGAAAGAUGGCAAACAAACUGCUAAAAAUGAAGUCAAAGAUGAUGAUAAAAAUAAGAAGGAAUCAACAAAAGAUAAAAAAGAGAAAAAUGCAAAGGAGAAAAAGGAAGAUAAAACGUGUAAAGAUAAAAAGGAUGAUAAAAUAACAAAUGAACAUGAUAGUAAAGGUGAAGAAGACAAUAAAGGAAAAAAUGAUAAUAAUUCUACUCAAAAGAAACAGUAUAAGAAGAAAAAUCAGCAGCCAAGUGAAAAAUCUCUUUUGGAUAACAAGAAAGACAACUCCGAUGAAGAGAAUGAUGGGAAUGGAGAUGAAGAUGUAGAAAUAGGUGAUCGUGUUAAAGUGAAGUACGGACGUGGCAGAGUUCAUAAAAUAUAUGAGGCUAAAGUUUUAAAGGUAGAUAGAGAGAAUGGCGACAGAAAAUUUUAUGUUCAUUAUACAGGAUGGAAUACUAGGUAUGAUGAAUGGGUUAAAAAGAAGCGCAUUAUGGAAAAUGUUAGUGAGAAGAAUAUAAAUGGAAAGAAGAAAAAGUUAGCUAAUUCAUUGAAAGGAAUGUCAAAAACGCCAGGAAGAAGGGGACGUCCUCCUAAUUCCGUUAGACUAGCUAACUUAACAGACAGUUCGACUUUACUACGAAAAAAUUCUACAAAUAGUAUGGCAUCUUCGACAUCUAACUCUCGCACAAUGAGAUCAGAUAGGAAUAGUUUAUCAGAAUCACCAUUUGUCAAUGGUUUAGAACCUAGGCGAAGAGCCAGAAGAAAGUCUGGAGUAUCCAUCAAUGUCGAAGCUUCGCCGGAUCUCGACAGUGAUGACCAUGAUAAUUCUGAGUUUGAAAAUUUGAAAAUUGCUACAGAAGAGAAAGUAAAACAACAUACUGAGGAAGAAUCAAAAGAAAAUGAAAAUAAACAAAAUGAAAUUGAUAUACAGAUACCAAAUAUUACAAAUAGCAUGUCAGAAAAUGAAAAUUCUACAGUAGAAAAUUUAGAAGUAAAAGUAUCCGAUUCUUCUGAUAUGGAUCAAGAAGUAAAAGUUAUAUCUGAUGACAAAUGUCAAAUAUUGGAACCAUGCAAGCCACCAGAAUUACCAGAUGAUGAAAUUACAUCCAACAAAAAUGAAUUGGAAGAAAGUGAAGAUGUUUUAAUGAAAUCUGAGUUGACAGACAAUAUUGUUAAGGAAGAACCUGUAAAUACUGAAAACGAUAAAACAGUCUGUGAGAAAAAUAUUUUAAAUAGUGAUAAAGAAAUUUCAGAGACUAAAAUAGAAGAAAAGGAAAAUGCUGUGCCAUUAAAUGAAGAUAUUUGUGAAAGUCAAAUAAAUUUAGAAAAAGAGGAUAAUAAAUAUGAAGAAAACCAAGAACAAAUUAAUGUUGAAGAUAAACAAGACAUUCCAAUACCAGAAAUAGUUCCAGAAAUGCCAGAGAUUAUUAAAGAAAAUAUUGAUUAUAAACCAAUUAAUUUAGAUAUUAAAGAUGAAAAAUGUAUUGAGGGAGAAGAAGAAUUGCCAAAGAUGCUUAAAAAACGAGAACUUGUUGAAAAUGAUGACAUGGAAGUUUUAAUAAAAUGUCCAAAACUAGAAUGCGAAGCACCACAAAAAUUAAAAGUUGCAGAAGUAACAACUGAUGUUUUUCCUAUGAAAAGUGAACUGAAUGUAAAUGAAAGCAAUUACUCAAAAGAUUCAUUGCCUGACAUCUCCGCUGAAUAUAAAGAAGAGAAAACAAUUUCUUUAGAUCCUAUUCCCGAUGAUCUUCCACAUCUUGAAACGAUGAAAUGUAACGAGGAAGAAAUAGAAGUAUACUCGGAAUCUAAAACUGAAAACGAACCUCCGGAAACAAAAAAUAAUCAAAUGUUAACUGAUGAAUCAUUGCAUGAAGAACAGUUGCCUGUAAAAUCAGAAUCAUUUUCUAUGUUAACAAAAAUGUGGGAAAUAGAAACAUCAAAAAUUGAAAGUUCGGAAGUAAAAGAAGAAAUUCCUAAUUUAGAAAAUGUAACAGAAAUACAAAAACCCAGUGAAAUAUUAACACCAAAAAAAGAUGUAAAGAAGAAAAAAUCAAAAGGAUUGAAAUUGGAAAAGAAGUCUUUGCCAAACGAUAGUCAAAGCAAAGAUGAUGGAAAACUUAAAGAAGGGAAGAAUAAGUCAAAAAAGAAAUAUAAAGUUGAGGGUGAAGAUAGUGAAAAGUCAAAAAUUCUUGAAGGAAAAUUAAAGCAGAAAAAAUUUAAAAAGAACAAAACGAAAAAGAAAUUAGAAAAAACAGAUACAAACUGUGAAAGUGAUAUUAAACCAGUGGAGAUCAAAGAAGAGGUAAAUGAAAAAGCAAAAAAGGAGAAGAAGAAAAAAGACGAUAAAAAAUCAAAAAUAGAAUCAAAACCUGACACUGAUGGCAAAAAUAUCGAUAAUCUUAAAAAAGAGAAGAAGAAAGGUAAAAAGAAUAAAGAAAAGGUAUGUGCUGAGAAGAAAAAUGAAAAUAAUUUGGAAAAAAAAUGUAAAAAAAAGAAAAAAUUACAUAAUGAAUUAGAAAUAAUUGAAACCGAUUCCGAAAAAGAAGCAGGUCUAAAAAUAGACCCUGAUAAAAUUAAAUUGAAAAAAGGAAAGAAAAAGAAAAAAUCAAAAGAUAAUUUAUUAGAUGAUUUAAGUGAUUUAAAAUUUCCAAAAGAUAUUCAUAAAAAACAGGAGAAGAAACUCAAAGUGGAAGUUCCGGAAAAUAAUACUCUAGCCCAAGAAUUGGUUCCGAUGCCAAAAUUUGAUAAUGAAACAGAACAAGAUAUUGCAUUUUUAUUAUGUGAAGAGAAGGUACCAGCCAGUCCAGUUGGAAAUGAAGAAGUGCCAUUACCUACUUCAUCCCAUAUCUCUCAAAUUGAAGAUCUUGUUGCAAACAGUACACCUGCGGCACUAGCAGCAUCAGAAGUUUUAGCAACUAUAUCCGAGUCGGUCAGUAAUGGUGCCCUAACUUAUCCCAAAGGAAUUAAUCAUAUGUUAGUAACUGAAGCAGCUAACAGACACGAGUCAGAAGUGGCAGCUGUUUUAGAUAACACCCCACCUAAUACUCCUGACAGCACAGAAUUAGCAUUGUAUAGUUCUCCCAUUCAAGAAAACUAUUCCUUACAUGAUGGGGAAAGUACUCGUUCCGGCAGAGAUUCUGCAGACGGAGAUUCAGACAGUUUGCAUAUUGAUACUGCAAAAUUAGACGUUGCCGAGAGUGAAGACUCUUUAGUGUUUCCUUCCUUGUCAAAUUCAUCUUUGCAUACAGAAAAAAAUAACCAAGUAAACAUCAAAUCUGGAAGCACAAAUAAACGACAUCGAAACGAAUUAGAUGAGAUAUCACCUAGUAAACGUAAGAAAAAAAGUAAUAAGAGGUUAUCAUCAAGCGACAUGAAAUCAAAUGUGAAUAGAAAAAUGCCUUUUAGCAAGUGUUUAAAAGGUGAUAUGCAAAUUAAUGAAAAUAACACUUCAGAUUAUAGAAAUAGCAUCUUUUCAUCUCAUACGGUUUCUUCAUCCGGUACUUCAAAUGAAGCAUCUCUUUCUCGUCCAUCAAAAUUUAAUUUUGAUGUCCAUCUAGAUGAAUCAAUGGAUUCUGAUAAAAGAAUAGCUAUUUUGCAAGAAAAGCUAUUACAAAUAAAAAAAGUGUAUCUAACAUUGAAAGCAGAAGUUGCACUUAUUGAUAGAAGGCGAAAGAAAGCUAAAAGAAAAGAAAAGGAAGCAGCAGCACAAUCUUCAAAUUCUGUUUCACAACUGAUGGAAGUCCAGUGCUCUUCAUAACAUAGGGAUUACUGGAUGCAGCUUUGACUAAUGAUCAUCACUCGAAUUGUAUAUAUCAUUAUGUAUUUAAAACAGGGAUUCAAAUGUGUACAGAGCAAUACUGGUUUACUUGCUGCUAGCUAUAUUAAAAAUAUGUAAAGCUGCUUGGCAGAGUAGUGUAUUUUAUAUACUUUUAUAUCCAAUAUUUGUGUCAUCCCAUUUGUUGUAAAAAAUUCCAUAUUUGGGAUUUUAUUUAUUUAUAAAGACAAAAGCUUAUAUAUAUAUAUACAUACAUUUAGAUAUACUGUAUCUAUGUAUAUAUAUAUAUACUUGCACAGUAUUAUAUCAUUACAGUUGCACAGUUAAAAAAAAUCAUUUAUGCUUAUAUGUUUUGUGUAAAAAUUGUGAUUGAAUUGCUAAGUCAUCAUGAAGAAGAAACAUUGUACUCGACAAACUUUGGUGUGCGUGUAAAAAGAGAAUUAUAUUUUCAUUCCUUCCAUCGUCCAGAUUUUGCCGAGAAAAUGAAAUUUAUUUUACAAAACGUAUUUAUCAUUGUGAUCAGUUGUUUUCAAAAUUUGUUUAUUUACUAUCUGUUGUUUGAAUCUCUUUUGUCUUAAAAUUCAUUCAAGAUAAAAAAUUUAUAUAUAUAUUUGCAUAUAUUUUUUUUCUUGUUUUGAAAAGUGAUAUUAAUUAAAUAAAUUAAGUACCACAUUGUAUCAUCGUAGACUUACAGAAAUUUAAAGCUGUCAUGAUUUACACUUCUUGACCAAGAGGAUAAAAUUAAAUUUUAGCAAAGAUUUUAAAACACAGCAGAGCUUCCUAUUUAAUAUGAAUUUUGGUAUGACAUUUGUAUAAUAGUAAUAAUAAAUUAUAAGGAAAAAAAAGGAGAAAAAUUGUAUUUAACAGAACACAAAACAGUACUAAUAGUCAGAAUUUGCUAGUCUACUUAUAUUAUGUAUCUAAAUUGCUGUUGGAAGUUAAUGAGAAGAGUGCCUUGUAAGUUUACUUAUCUGAUGUACCAUACGCAGUUUUCUGAGGAAUUUAAAUACUAACGGAUGACGACCACGCUUCCAGAGACCCAUUUCUCCUAACCGACAGAAUCUCAACUUCCAUAAUAGCAAAACCAAUCAUUUACUUCCCCCAUUUAAAGUAGUAUGUAUGUUUUUAUUGUUUUAUAAAAUGUGAUAUGUUGAUUUAUAAUCGUGAAGCAUUUGUUACAUAUAAAUUAUCUUGCUAUUGUUAAAUUAACGGAAUAGAUGACGGUUUCCUUCCGGAAUGCAUUUGCCAUCGGGAAGAGAAAUCUCUUGCCAUAUUAUGUUUAUCUAAAAAUGUUUAUUUUAUUGUGUGAAGUAAUUCUGUCAGAUUUUUUACUUAAAGGCAUUUUUUCAUUUAUCAUCAUUACAAGUUGUUAUAGCUUGUAUGAAUUCUUGUACUUGGAUGUAAUUAAGUUAGAGAUGU